AUGAUGUCCGCCAGGUCAAUUGCCCGCUCGGCACCUCGUGUGGUUAGCCGUAUCGCCGGCUCCUCCAUCCGCCAGUUCACUGUCGCUCGUCCCACCACCCUGCUGAAGCCCACCGUCGCUGCUGCGCUCCGAGCUGCUCAUGCUUCCCCCUUCUCCACGACCACCGGGCUCCGAGCCUCCCGCAGCGAGACCGACGAGGAGCUCUCUGUCAAGCUCGAUAGCGAGAUCCAGAUUGAGGAGGACAUGAAGGCCAAUGAGCAGCAGCCCGCCAGCGUCAAGGACUUCCUUGCCAACACCGCCUUUGAGCUGAUUGACACCCCCGGCCAGGAGGUUGUCAAGCUGGUCCGCACCUUCGGAGAGGAGAAGAUCACCGUCAGCUUCUCCAUCGCCGACAUCACCAACUACGACCCUUACAACGAGGACCCCGCCCUCGAGGACGAGGAGGACUUCAACGAAGACGUGAUCCAGAGCUCCGGCAAGCAGGCUUCCGGCUCCUCCCGCGCCGCCCCCGAGGAGGACCUCGAGGGCGAGGAGGAGGACGACAUCGAGGACGCCGCCGCCCCCAUCAACCUGUCCAUCGUCAUCGAGAAGCCCGGCAAGACCAGCGCCGCCCUCAACAUCGACGCCACCGCCCAGGACGGCGCCAUCGUCGUCGACAACCUCUUCUACUACGAGGACGCCAAGGUCGCCCGCGUCGACAAGCCCGAGGACGCCCAGGCCCGCGCCGACGUCUACCCCGGUCCCCCCUUCGGCUCCCUCGACGAGGACCUCCAGGUCCUCAUGGAGCGCUUCCUCGAGGAGCGGGGGAUCACACAGACCCUCGCCGUCUUCGUCCCCGACUACGUCGACGUCAAGGAGCAGCGCGAGUACCUCCGCUGGCUGAACAACGUCAAGAACUUUGUCGAUGCUUGA